GUUACAGUAACCUUGGGUCACCCAAUGAAUAAGGUGUCCAGAAAUGGGAAGAUUCUCAAAUUGGCACCGCUUAUAUGAAAUGCCGUACGAUUCGGACACCGCGCACGCCGGAAUACCGAACGGCGCAUUAACGAUCCUCGUUAUCGCCGCUGUUGCGAUUGUGUCCGUCGUCAUCACCUUAUUCUGUAUGCUCGUCAAUAACAGAAGGGCUCGACGUACCCAACAACGUGUACAGCGACUGAAUCUAACAGGAGCAAGGGACUCGUUGUCGUCGGUAUCAGUUGGAUCACUUCCAUCUAUACCUGCGUUUCCACGAAUGACGGAAUUGCCCAUGUAUAUCACACCAUCACAAUACGAUCCGAAAUUCGAUGCUCCACCAACGUACGAGGAGGCCGUACGUUCAGCGCCUACAAGUCCUGUCUCUGCACCUGUAAGCCCUAUUUCACUUACGGACGUCUCCAGAAUGAUUCCACCACAGGAGCCUCAACCAACACAGCAAACACGUAGACAAAGUUUGGCAGACUCUGAUGCUCCGGCCAGCAUCGAUGUUAGAGUCGAAAUGGCCGACAUUCCAAUGACUUCAUCUUCACAUUAGUACCAAUAAGUGCUCUGAAACUUACCUCACACACUACUCUGCUGAGAUACAAUUACAAGAGCGAAGUCCUGGACCGCAUGUGCCUCGUUGUUGACUUAUUUUCACUCAUCCACGUUCACUUAGUCCUGCUAUUGCCUCGCAUGUUUCACUGAGAUGAAUGCAAUUAUCACAUGCUUUUGGCAUUGUGACAGCGUUACUGUAUAUGUAUUUAUGCAAUUCUCAGUCACUGUUGAGUGUUGUAGCUCUCUGGAUGACCGCAUGAGAAUAUGGUCUGUGCAGUUACGUUGUAUGACUCUGCAUAAUUGCGUACGUCAUUUCGGUCAGCCUAUUUUGUACACGGGUAAUGAAGAUUGCGUUCA